AUGCGCACAGCUUUCGGAGGGCCCAAACUGCCCGUGGAAUUAAGAAACCAGUUCGACCCAGCGAACAACAAUCGACGAAAUGGACCGCGCAAUGGGCCACCGAAUCGCAAAGACAAGCGCAAGGCCGAUCGCGUAGAGAAGAAGCGCCAGAACAAGCAGGUCAGACGGCCAUCACCAUCGCAUCCACACAAUGGCCGCGGACCACGUCGUGAACCCGAGUCGGACGAUGACGACGAGGAAGAGGAGAUAGACUGGGACAACAUCGAAUCCGACGCCACACCACCCCCGAUAGCUGAGAAGGAGUCGCCUAAACCGUUGAAGGGCAUCCUCAAAGCGAAACCCUCACAGCCCAAGGACGCGUCGCCGCCGCCCCCUAAACUAUCGCGCGCCGCACAGGAAAAGCUGGCGCAAGAUGACGCUGAGAUUGCAAAGUUGGAGAAGAGGCUAGGCGUGAAGAGCAAAAAGAGGUCCAAGGGAGCAGACGAUGGUCUGGACGACAUAUUCGGCGACCUUGGAGAUUUCAGUGACGAAGAGGAUGCCCAACCUACAAAGAGGAAGAGGAAAGAGGACGACGAUUGGCUCGCAAGCAAGAGGCGGAAAGCCUUGGGCCAGGAGUCCAGUGAGGAAGAGGACAGCGAGUCGGAAGGUUCCGCGUUUGACGAGGAGGACAUGGACAUGGAAGAGACAGGCUUCGACGAAGACGACGAGACUGAGGAUGGUUCUGAAGACGACCUGGGCUCAGAUGAGGACGACGACAUGGAGGAUGCAGAACCGGAAAAACCAAGUGUGCGAGAGAACCCAUACAUCGCCCCCGUGGCCGCGAACGCCCAACCGACCAAGUACAUACCACCUGCGCUAAGAGCAGCCCCUGCUUCAGAUACGGAGGCUUUACUGCGUCUCAAAAGGCAAAUCCAGGGUCUCUUCAACAGGCUCUCAGAAGCCAACAUUUUGUCUAUUCUCAAAGAGAUUGAGAACAUCUACCAAAACAACCCCCGAGGCUACGUCAAUAACACACUUGUCGACCUGCUCGUCGGCAUGUUGUCAGAUCCGACAGCUCUCCUCGAUACGUUUCUGAACCUGCACGCUGGUUUCAUCGCUGCGGUGUACAAAGUUAUUGGACCCGAUUUUGGCGCGCAAAUAGUGGAACGUAUUGUCGCAGAAUUCGACCAACACUACCAACCGAACAAAGACGGCAAUGGAAAGCAGACGGCAAACCUGAUAUCUGUAGUGGCGGAGCUGUACACAUACCAGGUCAUUGGAAGCAACAUUGUCUUCGACUACAUCCGAUUCUUCCUCGAUGAACUUACGGAGAUCAAUACCGAGCUCCUACUGAGAGUAGUCAGGGCAUCAGGUCCGCAACUGCGACAAGAUGAUCCAACCUCACUCAAAGACAUUGUCGUUUUACUGCAAAAGUCUGUGGCUAAAGUUGGGCAGAACAACCUACCCGUCAGAACAAAGUUUAUGAUCGAGACGAUCAAUGACCUCAAGAACAAUAAGAUGAAGACAGGCAUAGCCAAUUCCGCACUUUCAAGAGAGCAUACGAUACGGAUGAAGAAGCAGUUGGGUACUCUGAAUUCAAGAAACCUCCGAGCAACCGAGCCGCUACGCGUUGGUCUGAAGGACAUCAAAGACACGGAUAAAAGAGGCAAGUGGUGGCUAGUGGGAGCGAGUUGGCGUAAUGAACCUGGAAACGAGGAGAAGCCCGAGGAGUCAAAGCAAUCUGGCAAGACUUCAAGCACCGUCGAUGUUGAGGACGACGAUAGCGAAGUCGAUCUCGUGCAACUUGCCCGCGAACACCGCAUGAACACUGAUAUUCGACGCGCCAUCUUCGUCUCUAUCAUGUCUGCCAGCGACUUCAAAGACGCUCAAAUACGACUGAACAAGCUCAACCUCAAGAGAUCGCAGGAGGCAGAAAUUCCACGGGUCAUUGUGCAUUGCGCAGGCGCCGAGAAGACCUAUAACCCAUACUACACAGUCCUCGCCCGAAAGGUCUGUUCAGAUCACAAGACACGAAAGAGUUUCCAAUUUGCGCUAUGGGAUAUCUUCAAGAGUCUAGGAGAGAAGCAAGAUGGCGCAGAUGACUCAGAUGAUGACGACGACGAUGCAGGUGGUGACACAUCUCUUCGCAAACUUGUCAACCAAGGCAAACUGUACGGAACACUGAUCGGCCGGAAAGCUCUACCCAUCACUAGCCUCAAGAACCUUAACUUCCCUUACUUGCAGCCAAAAACCAAGACGUUCAUCGAAGUCUUGCUAGUCACGACGAUUCUGGAGUCGUUCAAGGCAUCCAAAUCGAAGGACAAGCGAGACGAGCGGGCAGUUCGCGAAGUAUUCGUGGAGGUGGACCAGGCUCCUGAGAUGAUUGCUGGGCUGCAGUUCUUCCUCAAGAAGACUGUCAGCAAGACAGAGAUCGUCGAGAAGCAUGAGAGAGAGACUGUUCGAUGGGCUUGCAAGUCAAUAAUAGACAUGUUGACGAGAGUAUUGGCCACGACAACGUUGACGGAGGAUUGA